AUGGCUGAAAAUGCUUUAGAGCCAGGGUCGGUCUCCAUUCCUAUGGACCAAGUGACCAAUUGGACAGGAGGAGCCCCUCCAGAUGCACCCAUUUUGACCCACCUGAAUAAAGUGGAGAACCAUAUCACAGAGACACAGAGGUUCUCACAUCUGCCCCGGCGCUCAGCCGUAAACCUGGAGUUUACUGAGCUUUCCUACACUAUUCGUGAGGGCCCCUGCUGGCAGAGGAGAGUAAGGACCACAAUGACUUGUAUGUAUCUGAUAUGUGCAGGUCGUAAGGCGCUCCUGAAGUGCUUGUCUGGCAAGUUUUGCAGCCGAGAGCUCACUGGAAUUAUGGGGCCAUCUGGGGCUGGCAAGUCCACACUGCUAAAUAUUCUUGCUGGGUACAGAGAGACUGGUAUGGAGGGUCAGAUAAUGGUAAACGGGGGACCACGUGACCUCCGCACCUUCAGGAAGAUGUCCUGUUACAUUAUGCAGGAUGACCUGCUGCUGCCCCACCUCACCACACAUGAGGCCAUGAUGGUUUCAGCUAAUCUUAAGCUAAAUGAGAGCAUGAAAGUAAAGAAGGAACUGGUGAAUGAGAUCCUCAGUGCUCUAGGCCUGCAAGAGUGUGCACACACUCGUACACACACUCUGUCCGGAGGUCAACGUAAACGAUUGGCUAUUGCACUGGAGCUAGUCAACAACCCUCCUGUCAUGUUCUUUGAUGAGCCAACCAGUGGUCUAGACAGUUCAGCCUGUUACCAGGUGGUUUCUCUAAUGAGGUCUCUUGCUCUGGGUGGACGAACUAUCAUCUGCACCAUCCACCAGCCCAGUGCUAAAGUCUUUGAGAUGUUUGACAAGCUGUAUAUUUUGAGUCAGGGGCAGUGCAUAUAUAAUGGCACAGUCCCAUACCUCGUCCCCUAUCUGAAGAACCUCGGACUCCACUGCCCUACUUACCACAAUCCUGCAGACUUCAUAAUCGAGGUGGCAUCAGGAGAGUAUGGUGAUUUGAAUCCUGUGCUUUUCGAGGCAGUGCAAGGUGGCAUGUGCUCAGAAGGUGUCAAGAAGAACUCCAGUGACAAGAAUGAGCCUACAUCAUCUUGCCCAACUCAGUGUAACGGCGAUUCAGGACACACUGAAAAACAUACUUUUGCCACCAGCACGCUCACACAGUUCUGCAUUCUUUUCAAAAGAACUUUUAUCACAAUAUAUAGAGACAUGGUGCUGACCCACCUGAGGGUGAUGUCACACUUGUCUAUUGGAGUACUGAUCGGCCUGCUGUACCUAAACAUUGGCAAUGAUGCCAGCAAAGUGUUCAACAAUAAUGGAUUCCUCUUCUUCUCCAUGCUCUUCAUUAUGUUUGGUGCAUUAAUGCCAACUGUCCUCACAUUUCCUCUGGAGAUGUCAGUGUUUCUAAGGGAGCAUCUGAACUACUGGUACAGUUUAAAGGCCUACUACCUAGCCAAGACCGUGGCUGAUAUCCCAUUUCAGGUCAUAUGUCCCAUAUUGUACUGUAGUAUAGUGUACUGGAUGACAAGGCAGCCUCCAGAAGGUAGCCGAUUUUUGCUUUUCAUUGCCUUAUGCACCUCCGUUGCCUUGGUGGCUCAGUCUCUGGGCCUACUCAUUGGAGCUGCUUCCACCUCACUGCAGGUGGCUACAUUCGCAGGGCCAGUGACAGCCAUUCCAGUCUUGCUUUUCUCUGGCUACUUUGUCAACUUUGACACCAUUCCAAAAUACCUACAGUGGAGCUCCUAUGUUUCUUAUGUCAGGUAUGGCUUUGAGGGUGUGAUCCUAUCCAUUUAUGGUAUGAAUCGAACAGAUUUGGAAUGCCCUGGCCCUGUCUGUAAGUUCCAGAAGCCCGAGGAGGUGUUGCAGCUGUUGAAUGUAGAAGACGCAAAACUCUACAUGGACUUCAUAGUGUUAGGGAUUUUCUUCCUCGCUCUUCGGUUAGCCACUUAUCUAGUGCUGCGUUACAAAAUCAAGUCUGAACGUUAGGGCUUGACAUCAGAUACUUCACUUAUUUUCAAUUAUAGAAUAGUUUAUGUUGUGGAAGCAAACCUGUGCAAUGUCUUCAUUCACUCAAACUAAAAAUAUUUUUUUGCCCACUAAUGUUCCUUUCAUGAUUUUUUCUUGGUUCGUUUUCUUUAUUAGAUAAUCAGGAGUGACAGCACAGGAUCAAU